AUGGGAAGUCAUUGUUCUUAAGCAGUCUAAAAUACUACUGUUACAUAUGAAGAGAAGAAUGAAAUUAAUAAUACUAUUUAGGAAAAGGAAUCCUUUGUACCAAUAUUCACUGGCAAAUUGAAUCUAAAUGUGGAAAUUGACAAAGGCGUAUACUCAAUGAGACCAUGCAAUGUUAAUGAUUCAGUUUUGGAUAUAACAACUGAAAGAAAUUAACAGGAAUAAAUACAACAAAAUUAGUUAUUGUCAAAGAAGUAUUUCGACGAUACUAUGACCAUAAACAAGUCUCACAAUUUAGUAUAUUCCAAUAUGGGUUUUAACAUACUCUCUGAGAUUAUUCCAAGCGAAGUGGUAUCCCAGAAAUAAGAAAAAUAAAAAAAAGUAGAAGAAUGCGACGAGGACUAUGAUUAAAUGUGUAGAACUGAUUUGGAUUAGUUUAAAUUUUAGUAACCGGCUGUUAUGAAAUAUGUAGACAAAUAAAUACCAACCUAACAAAAGACAAACACUGUUGACCAAAGAAAUCUAAGAAAAUGA